AGUCACAAAAUAUAAUCACAGUUGAAUCGCAAGAGGAAUGGACAGAAGAUGAACUAGUAGAAUUCGAGGGAGUAGAAACAAGACUUCUCAGUGAAAUUCUCAGAUGGCAUAAGGAUGCUGCAAGAAACCUUAGAAUAGUAUACAUUGGGACCUCAAGAACGACAAUUUCAUUAACAACUUCUCAACUAAUUUGUCAAGAAUCUUACACUUCAGAAUCCUUAUCAUUAUGCCCCUCUCCAAUUAUUAUACCAGAUUCAUCUUUGUGGUCGACUGAAAAUUUACAUAUUCGUUUGGAAGAACUUAACCAAUGA